CCAUUGCUCCAGGGAAGGCUGAGCAUUUUGCAGAUUCCGGCUCCAGAGCGUGGGGAGCGGGGAGCAUCCUAUCCCUGCCAGCUGGCUGGGCGAAGGCGGCAGCCGCAGAGCAGGACGAGGCUUCUCGGCUCCUUGUUAUCCUCACACCCGCCUCCCCCUGCCCGCCUCUCUAGCCGGGUCCCUGCGGCUGUCCUGCCCCUCGCUCCCGUGCAACAGAGCGGAUAGCAGCAGUCCGUGGAGGUCCACUCGGAGCCGAGCACAGACCUAGGGAUCCUGUCCCUCUCCUAGCCGCUCAGGCACAGGCAGAGCCCUGGGCUGAAUAGUCAUGACAGCUGAAAAGACUAUUCCCAUAAUUAAUGGCAAGCCAGAAGAUGUUUUGGACCCAGAAGCUUCCAGUACCAACCUCGUCCACAGCAAUGAUAAGAAAGUUCAUGAGAGAGGUCACUGGAACAAUAAGGUUGAAUUUGUACUUUCUGUGGCAGGGGAGAUUAUUGGGCUGGGAAACGUAUGGAGAUUCCCAUAUCUUUGCUACAAGAAUGGAGGAGGUGCUUUCCUCAUCCCAUAUGUGGUUUUCUUUAUUUGCUGUGGAAUACCAGUAUUUUUCCUGGAAACGGCCUUGGGACAGUUUACUAGUGAAGGUGGUAUUACAUGCUGGAGGAAAGUUUGCCCUCUAUUUGAAGGCAUUGGAUAUGCUACCCAAGUUAUAGAGGCACAUUUAAAUGUAUAUUACAUCAUCAUUUUAGCAUGGGCUAUCUUCUAUCUGUUUAACUGCUUUACUACAGAGCUUCCUUGGGCUACCUGUGGGCAUGAAUGGAAUACAGAAAACUGUGUGGAAUUUCAAAAACUUAAUAUGAGCAACUGCAGUCAAGUCUCUUUACAAAAUGCCACUUCUCCAGUCAUGGAAUUCUGGGAACGCAGGGUGCUAGCUAUAUCUGAUGGAAUUGAGCAUAUUGGGAAUCUUCGCUGGGAACUUGCAUUAUGCCUUCUUGCCGCUUGGACUAUCUGCUAUUUUUGCAUUUGGAAAGGAACAAAGUCAACUGGAAAGGUUGUAUAUGUAACAGCCACAUUCCCCUAUAUCAUGCUGAUGAUUCUUCUGAUUCGUGGAGUAACAUUACCAGGUGCUUCUGAGGGGAUAAAAUUCUACUUGUACCCUGACCUUUCUCGGCUGUCUGACCCACAGGUAUGGGUGGAUGCUGGUACACAGAUAUUUUUCUCUUAUGCAAUCUGCUUGGGGUGCUUGACAGCCCUGGGAAGUUAUAACAACUAUAAUAACAACUGCUACAGAGACUGCAUCAUGCUCUGCUGCUUGAACAGUGGCACAAGCUUUGUUGCUGGUUUUGCUAUCUUUUCAGUUCUUGGAUUUAUGGCUUAUGAACAAGGAGUGCCCAUUGCAGAAGUCGCAGAAUCAGGACCAGGACUUGCAUUCAUUGCUUACCCUAAAGCUGUUACCAUGAUGCCUCUUUCUCCUUUGUGGGCAGCUCUGUUCUUCAUGAUGCUCAUAUUCCUUGGAUUAGAUAGUCAGUUUGUGUGUGUCGAAAGCCUUGUGACAGCUGUUGUAGAUAUGUACCCAAAGAUUUUCCGAAGGGGCUAUAGAAGAGAACUGUUGAUUCUCGGCCUUUCUAUUGUGUCAUACUUCAUUGGCCUAAUAAUGUUAACUGAGGGUGGGAUGUACGUCUUUCAGUUAUUUGACUCUUACGCAGCUAGUGGCAUGUGCCUUCUUUUUGUUGCCAUAUUUGAAUGUGUCUGCAUAGGCUGGGUUUAUGGUAGCAAUCGCUUUUAUGAUAACAUUGAAGAUAUGAUUGGGUACAAACCACUGUCAUUGAUUAAAUGGUGCUGGAUGGUCUUAACUCCAGGUAUUUGUGCAGGAAUCUUCAUCUUUUUCCUGGUGAAAUAUAAGCCUUUGAAAUAUAACAACAUAUAUAUGUACCCUGAUUGGGGCUAUGGCAUAGGGUGGAUGAUGGCUCUCUCCUCCAUGAUCUGUAUCCCCUUGUGGAUCUGCAUUAAGCUGUGGAAGGCAGAAGGCACUUUUAUAGAGAAAUUCAGGAAGUUGAUUAUACCUAGCUCAGACCUGAAAAUGAGAGGGAAACUUGGAAGAGGAGCUUACAUUGCGGCAAUAAAUGACUACGACACCAAACUGAAAGGAGAUGGCACCAUUUCAGCCAUUACAGAAAAGGAGACACAUUUCUGAAAGAACUAUCUUUUUGGCUUUUUUUUUGUAUAAAUAAAUAAAUAAAUAAAUUCACUUAAUUAUAGAGGCUGGCUUGUUUUGCACAAAAUUUUAUUAACCAGUUAAUUUUGAAGUGAACAUUGUAUACUUGUUUAAAAGUGAUUUUUUAAAUUACUAUAUAAGUAAUGAUUAUGUAAAAGAAAAAGAAAUAGUAUUGUAUGGUAUGUUAGUGAUGACUUCUUGUAAUAUGGUGAUUUCAGUAAAUGUUUUUUUAGAAGUUAGAGGGACCUGUAUAAUGUGCUGUAAAACUUUUCUACUUAGAUUUUUGGCAGGUGUGAUACUGUAUAGAUAUAUGCAUUCUAAUCUGUAAGCAUUUCAGACCAUUUCAGCUUUUAAUGUAUGUAUAUAAAGGGGACCAGAAUGUCCUUUCAUUUGUAUUGGAAGAAACCAUGGGGGGAAGAGGGGAUCACUUCUGGCUGCUGUUAAACAUCACUGUCUAAAUGUGGGCUGUAGCCAAAGUCCGCUGAAAUCAAUGGAAGCCUUUCCUAUUUGGGAUAGUGGCUUUUGCAUCGGGCUGUGUGAGAUUCAGCCUUUCAGCUGGGCUAGGGCAGCUGCAAGGCUGAGUUGUACACCUAACAGAGCUCUUUUUUCAGGGCAAGUUUUGUGAAGCUGACAGAAAGUACCACCUCAACUGAUAUUAUUGCCUUCCCUGCACCCUCCAUCUGCUUCCAACAGGUCUAAAAAUGUGGUGGAAUGGACCCACUUCUGAGUCACUGUUUUUCUGGAGAUGGGAUAGAGAAAUUUCUAAGAGCUAUGAAUUUUACAGUUCUUGUAAGUUAAUGGUCUCUAAGUUCACAUGCACUGCUUCAAGAGACUUCUGAAGCUUUUUCAUUGUUUUUGGUCGCUGGGCGGCAGUCCUUCAUUUUGAUUUACUUUUUCCAUCCCCUAAAGUGAAAUGCGUUUGUCUACGGUUGCGCAACAGGAAGAGAUGGAGGUUACUUUAUGAAUGUGGAGAUGUUUUGAGGAAAAAAAGAACAGAUUUAGAGCUCUACAAAUACCUUGACCUGUCUGUCUCUUCCUCUGCCUGUUUGCCAGUCUGGCUACCUGUUUAUCUAUUCAUUCCCUUCAAAAGAAAUCAAGGAUCUUGUAAUGACAGUGUGUAGCACUAAUGCAGCUUUUUUAAUCUCCAAGGUACUUUCUAGAUACUCUCAGAUUAGGCACUAAUUCUUCUACCCUGAAUGGCAUACAGACUUGCACUCAAGUCAGAAUAGGAGUUUAUUUGGUGGAAAACUGGAGUAGUAGGUCGUUAAGCUCUACAAGAUUUCUAGGAAGUAAACUAUAUCUUGUGCAGAUGAAGGAAUUAAGACAGGGUUGUUGUGACUUCACUGUUUCUACAACGGGAGCAGUAUUGGUUUUUGAUAUCAAACUUGUGUAUUCCAUUAGUUGUAGAAAAUGAAUCCCUCUGAUGUAAAGCAGAUUUAAAACUGAUGGAAGGUCAGGACCAUGAGGUAUCCAAGUGCUAGUUCCAGGAUCAGAAUCUCUAGGCUAUCCCUUGCUGUCUUGUCUUCUGUGAAUGCUGCAAGCACUGUGUUAUUUAUUCUGGACAAUUGAUUUUUUUUUCUCCUCCAUCUUCCAUCCUCUUCUCAAACUGUUACAGUAUGUUUUUUAUUUAAUAGCUAUGUGAGAAACCUGUGGAGGAAUAAUGUACUGUAUUACACAUUGUUUGAUGAGGAGAGAGAACAACAGCGUAAGAGCUCAGAAGCAAUGUCAUAACAUCCCCUCACCUAUCUGCAAGGAAGAAUUCAAAAUCAAAAAAGUUCACCAGAAGUCAUAAAGUGUAUCUUAAUACUGCAUAGAACUGUUUAUGUAGCCAGCAUUUCACUGUGAUUUUACGGUAUCAUAAUUACCUCCUAUGAAAGUAUCUGAUAGAAUCACUUGGUCUCAAGUCAGAUUCUUCAAUCUAAUUGAUCUAUUUCAUUUUACUUUAUCUUACUUGUAUUUUUGGUGUGGUAGAGUGGAAGUCUAAGAGAGAAAACUGCUCUAUCACACCUCUAUUUCAAAUGUUUUAAGUGCUGCUUGACUUUGAACGUCUCCAUCAUUAUGUACUUAGGAAAGGACAUUUUGAAGGGGCCUGGCUUCACAGGCGGCAGAGCCGCCUUUUUGUCAGUGCUGGGCCCCUCCAAGGGAGUCUCCAGCGUAGCAUCCAGAACUGGAGGUUACUGCUGAAAAUCACAGUCACACUGGAACGCAACGCUUUUGGAAAAGAAAUAUUCCCAGAAUUGGAAUUGCAGAUGGAGUUAUGUAACUAUAGAAAAUACAAUGAAGCAGCUACAAUCUACAUACUGACAUUGACAAAAGGCCUACUCCAAAAUUCAGAAAUAACAUUUUUGGAAUUUCCAGCGAGUCAAGCAUUUCCAAUCCAGUGCCCCUUUUCAGUCUUCAGUCUUUCUCACCACCCAGCAAAGUUGCAGAACUAAGGCCCCAAACCCUACAGACCACGUACGGACUUUGGGAUGGAGUCUGUUUCCUCCCCAAGUUGGCCUCUACACAUUUUCUAGUGAUUGAAGGAUGUGCAAAUGUAGAUCAACUGUUGGUUUACACCUGGCCCUUAGCUUUCAUUACAAUGAAGUUACCUUCAGGAAUAUCCUCAUGAAUGGUUAUAGUAAAAUGUGCCAACAGGUGCAACCCAUACCACCCAACUGGCCACCCAUUAGAAACAAAAUGAAAAUACCAGACAAGUCAAGACCGCCCUUUAAAUCCUAACACUCAUUGCUGUAGCACAAAAAAAAAAAAAAAAAGAGCUGUGCAUUUUAGCUUGUCAAUGUACUUUGGACUGUUGUACUCAUCCAGGUAUCUCCACAGGAACUAUGUACUUUGUAUGGAACAUGCUUCCUAUUCUGCUGCUAUGAACCAUUUCACCAGUAGCUUUAUACACAUACAUAAGUUUGGCAUGGUCUAAAGCAUUAUACCGUAUUACUAAUGUGCUGUGCUUGUAAAUGUGUGCAUUUAAUAUAUGCCUUUAACACUUCACUGAUUUUUUUUAAAUAUUUUUGUUUUUGUGGGGAGGGAUGUGGGAGAGCAAAUUUCCUAAUAGUAUUUGUGAACUUUUUCGGGGCGGGGGGGAGCAACAGGAUGUGAAGGGGAAAAAUGUGAAAAACAACUAUAUCAUUGUGAUUUUUUUACACGGUAGAAACAACAUUGCCCUUUUCUGAAGUAUCUGCAGUACUAUUAAAAAAUAAAACAAUAAAAAUGAACAACCACUAAGGUUUACGUAACAUUUUGCACAAAGAAAGAUUCUGUUUAGUUCUGAAGGGCACAAGAUUUUGUCUGCUUACUCAUUUUUAAAAAUUAAAGGAAAUGGGCAAAACUUGUUCUGUG